AAAAUAAUAUCCAUAUCCCAAAAUUUCCAAUCUAGGGUUUUUCUUAUUUUUUGGUCUCCCAUAUAAACCAUCCAAACGCUCCUCACGAACCUCCUCUUUCGAACUCAGUGCUUUUCUCUCUUUUCCGCCGCCUACUCGUAAUAAGAACGAGAGAUCUAUCUCCUCAUCAUCAUUGUCAAAAAUGGCAGUUACUUUUUCAGAUCUCCACACAGAAUCCGGCCUCAAAUCCCUCAACGAGUUUCUCGUCGGCAAAUCUUAUAUUUCCGGUGAUCAGAUUUCCAAAGAUGACAUCAAAGUUUACGGUGCUGUUUUGGAGAAACCUGGUCGUGAUUUCCCUAAUGCUAGCAAGUGGUACGAAUCUGUUUCUUCACAGCUCGCUUCAAGCUUCCCAGGGAAAGCUGUUGGUGUAAGCAUUUGUGGCAAAACAGCUGCUGCUGCUCCCGUUGAAGCUGCCCCAGCCAAGGAGGCUGCUGGUGAUGACGAUGACGACUUGGAUCUCUUUGGUGAUGAGACUGAAGAGGACAAGAAGGCAGCGGAGGAGAGGGAGAAAGCUAAAAAGGCAUCCUCAAAGAAGAAAGAGAGUGGGAAAUCUUCAGUUCUCAUGGAUGUGAAGCCAUGGGAUGAUGAGACAGACAUGGUGGAGUUGGAGAAGGCAGUCAGGAGUGUUGAGAUGCCUGGUCUCUUUUGGGGAGCAUCAAAAUUGGUUCCAGUCGGUUAUGGAAUCAAGAAGCUACAAAUCAUGCUUACCAUUGUAGACGACCUUGUGUCAGUGGAUUCCCUCAUUGAGGAGCGUCUCACAGUCGAGCCUUGCAAUGAAUAUAUCCAGAGCUGUGACAUUGUUGCGUUCAACAAAAUAUAAAGACGGCUUAUAUUCCAAUGAUUCUAGUGUUAGCCAUUUUUGGCAUUAAGUUUUGUCGGUCUGUCAUUUCCUUUUUAUUUAUUUCGCGUCUUAGUUAUCCGAUGCCGUUUCUUUUCUCCAGAUGAAAUGAUGAACCACUUUAAACCUAAA